CCAGUAGGGGCAGUCAGCCCGCACCAGUGGGCAGGUCUGAGGGACGAGUCUGAGGGAAGCGUACCUGAGUCUGCGCAUGCGUCUAGAUGCACAACUAAGAGUCACCAGUCAGUUGGAUACUGCAGAGGCAAAAGGGAAGAGUUCUCCCAAGAGAUCGGAGUGGGAAGUGUAACUCUGCGCUUCUCUGGAUUAUUACACUUGCCGCUCACUUCUGCUUUACAUCCUCUGCCUGGACUAAAGCUGCCGACGGCUUAAUGGAGCGGAAAGCAGAGCCCAGGAUAGAGCCUACAUUGUGUAAAGGGUGUGGAUUUGAAAUUUGACAAGUUCAUUUUUGGAUGCUGCUCUUCUGUCCUUGCGCUUGAUGCUAGUGAUGCUCCUUGUGAAGAAAGGACUGCGCCAAGAUGCAUGUUAUGAAUUGUGUCUCCUUGGUCAAUGACAAAGAAAAUGGAGACUGCAAUGUGGUAAUAACGGAGUUAAUGGUUGAACAGCCUCCACCGCCACCACCUCAGCCUCCACCUCCACCUCCUCCUCCUCCACCACCACCUCUCCCAUUUCAAAAUGUACCACCACCUCCACCAUUACCUGGUGCUCCACCACCUCCACCACUGCCACACCAAGUGGGAAAUGGACAUGGCAAUAACAGUAAGAGGAAUAGGAUGAGGAGUUUCUUCUGGAAAACUAUUCCCGAAGAGCAGGUCAGAGGAAAAAACAACAUUUGGACUAUGGCUGCCAAGCAGCAACAAUAUCAGAUCGACACAAAAACAAUUGAGGAACUUUUUGGUCAGAAGGAGGAACCUAGAUCUGGACUGAUCAAAGCAAAAGGGAAUCUGAAGUCCUCUUUCAGAGAAGCCAAGGAAGAGGUCUCUCUUUUGGAUUCAAAAAGGAGCAUGAAUAUUGGGAUAUUUUUGAAACAGUUCAAAAAGUCAACUGAGGAAAUUAUAGGAGACAUUCGUGAAGGCAGAUGUGAUUUGUAUGGACCUGAGCCUCUUCAAGAGCUUCUAAAGUUGUCUCCAGAAUCAGAAGAGAUAAAGAAGCUAAAAGCAUUUAGUGGGGAAGUAGCCAAGCUGUCUCUGGCUGAUACCUUUAUGUACCUGCUGAUUCAGGUGCCAAACUAUUCUUUGCGGAUUGAAGCAAUGGUGCUGAGAAAAGAGUUUGGCUCUUGCCACUCUGCAUUAAAAAAUGAUAUGACGGUCAUCAGGGUUGCUACAAAAGAGCUGAUGUCCUGUGAGCAGCUGCACUCCAUUCUCUUCUUGGUACUUCAGGCUGGAAACAUAAUGAAUGCGGGGGGCUACGCUGGAAACGCAGUUGGCUUUAAGUUGUCAUCAUUACUAAGGCUAGCAGAUACAAAGGCAAACAAACCAGGGAUGAAUUUGCUACAUUUUGUUGCGCUGGAAGCCCAAAAGAAAGAUGUCUCACUCCUUACAUUUUCUGAGAAGUUGCCCAGCGUUGGUGAAGCAGCGAGAUUAUCCAUUGAUAAUAUGGAGGCAGAAUUCAAAUCACUGUCAACCAAAACAAAAUCUAUCAAAGACCAAAUCAAGAAGGAACCUGAACUUUAUAAGCAAAUGGAAGAUUUCCUAAAGGAUGCUGUAAAAGAUCUGAAAGACCUGGAGUCACUGAGGGCUGAGAUAAAGAAAGAGUGCCACACCCUUAUUGAUUUCUUCUGUGAAGACAAAGAAACCAUGAAACUUGAUGAAUGCUUCCAGAUAUUUAGGGAUUUCUGUGACAAGUUCAACAAAGCUGUAAAGGAAAACAGAGAGAGAGAAAUUCAAGAUCUCAGAAAGCAAAAGAAGCUGAAUGAGCUGGAGCAGAAACGACGUUCCUGGGUUGCAAGUGAAAAUGCAAACUUUGGAAGGAGCAGCAGUGAAAAUGAUGUGGAAAUUUUGACAAAAGCUGGACUUGAAGAUUUUCUGCAACAAAGACCCCAAAGUUCCUUGAACAGGAACUCUAGCACAAGGCGUUCCCGUCUCUCUUUGGGCGUUGCAGCCGACAGAGAACUUCAGAUGUAUUUAGGAGCUUCACAGGUAGAGGAAACAACUAGCAAGUUCAACAGCUUGCCCAGAUCUCACACUCACAAGCCAAGGCCAACUGUAGCAUGGAUAGAUUCUAAAGUAGAAAAAGACCAUUCCCUGAAUAUAUUGCACUUAAAAAAUGAGACUAGGGACACCCAACAACAAAUAUCUUCUUCUCUGGUGAUAACUAGUCUGGAAGAUGACCAGAGUAUACACACUGCCAAUAACAGUGUUCAGCAACAGCAGGAGAAAGCCGACCGUAAUAACAAUAAAGCAGAACUUCACAAAUAUGGAAUAGAUCUGAAGCAGCAUUCAUCGGUAAGUCCUUUAGCGGUAACAGUAGAGGAGCAUGAACUUGUCAAAAAAUUACAGCAAUUUGACCUUAGUGGAACAGUAUGUGAAAAUUAUGAACAGCUAUAUAACACAGAAGAAGAAACCAAUGAUGGCUUGAGUUUGUGUUCAUUUAGCUCUACAGAUGACAACACAAUCCCGCCAAGUAAAAAUAAUAAUGAAAAUUCUAAAGCAAGUGACUCCAUAAGCAACUCAUAUGGGGACAGAAAACUGAGUGAGGACUUACUAAAUGUAAGCACCACAAUAUCAGAAAGAACAGGUACCGCUGAAAUAACUGAGCACACUCCACAGUUCUGUGUUGCAGAUACUACUGAAAACUCCUUAAUGCUUGACGCUACUGGUGGGACUGAUUUGUUAUCUGAGACAGAAGAGAUUGAAAUAAUACAAAAAGUUAAUUCAAAUGAUGGUAAGAAGAAAUUAAAUCCAGUUGCAAAGAUACCUAUCUCUGGCAAGCCUGAAAGCACAGACCAUAAUGCUAAAAAAGCCAGUCUUACUAAGGAAACUACACUAAAAAACAAAGAUAAUCUCAGAAAAACUAGCUCCAUAAAAGAGAGAUUCCCUAGCACUAUCAAAUCAAGUAUCAAUAACUCUAGUAACACGGUAUCAACAAAACCAGUGCGCAUGCUGAAUGAUUCUGAGCAUGAGAAUAUGAGAAAAGUUGUCCCAAUUUCUAAAUCCAAUAGGUCUGGCAGUAUAAAGCGUACAGAACUGAGAAGCUCUCUGAGGGAUUCAAAUAGCAGUGACAGCAAGCAGACCCUCAGACAUUCAUUUAGGGGGAAGAGUGAGAACUUGCCAAAAAAUUCUUCAAAGACUGAGGAACCCAAACUACAAAGAGGAGACAGCUUCAUAUCAAGUGGUUCCAGGUUUCAGAGGGAUCAACUCCAGAGGAACAAUUCUGUGAAAAAGCCAGCAGCAAAACCAGUGCGCAAUAUUGCUAAACCAAAGCCUGAAGAGACAAAACUUUGUCGUACGACUGCUAAACUUUCCAGCAGUACAGAAGCAAGUAAAGUACCCCCUGCACUACCCAUGAAAUCUCCAUCAUCAUCUUCAUCUACACCGAGCUUUGCAAGAAAUACUGUAGCUUCUUCAAAACGUGCAAAAACUGACCCUGCUCCACCAACCAAAGUAACAACCAUGGCUAGAUCUGGCUCUCUACGUCAGUCAAAAACAAAGUCGGACCUUAGUAAAAAUGGGAACACAAAAGAUGAUGGAACUGUGAAUACACCCAAAAGGGCCAAUAGCUUAAGAGCAAAUGGAAGGCUGUUUGAACCAGUCAGAGACUCCCUACCUGAAAGUGAUCAAAAAGAAAAAAGUAUUGUGGAGAAGUCCUCUAUGAAGCUUAAAGACACUGGAAAGGCAACUUUAGGCAAAAUAUUGAAACCUUUACUUAAGUGAGUGUUAUUUAAACAGCAUGACUUUGUUUUCUUGACAAGCCCAAUUUGGGUGAGCACAGGAAAGGGAACUUUUAUUUGUCAGUCCCUUUUUUUUGACGUGCUGCAUGUAUAUUAUAUGCAGCUAGCCAUACUGGAGGCACCCAUUGUGCUGCACAUUUUUUGUUUUCCUUUUUUUCCUGUUUCAACAUCGUGAAGGAGUUUAUGAUGCAAGAUUGUUACAGCUCUUGGGCAGCACAUGUUUGUCACGGAUACAUACAUCAAUAUGUGUUUUUUUUUUUUUUGUUUGUUUGUUUUUUUUUUUUUACAUUUCGAGAAGAUUCAGAAAGAGGAAAGGAUGCUUAUAAAACCCUUUAACCCCAUGAAGAUCCUGCUUGACUCUUGACAUUAAGGUUGGCUGGCCACUUGCAGUCACUGGAGUCUUCAGUCCUGUUGACAUGGACUAAUCUUGAAAGACUCUGCUGGGUGGAGUCUGCAUAUUAAUGGAUGCACCCCUAGAACUAUAAGCGGCACAGGUGUGCCUUCUUAUUGCACAAGAAGACACAAUCUGCAUAGGGGAUGACUCACAGUGCAUUCAGUGGAGAGAUGCCGGCUUUCCUCAACACAAAAGUGCCAUGUAUUUAUAAUGCAUAUCAAAAGGUGUUACAACUCCAUAUUUAAAGUAUGAUUCUUUGUUAAGAGCACUUCAGCUGUUUUGUGUUUUCUGUUGUGGUUUUCUUGUUUAUAUGUGAUAAUACUGCUGCUAGGGUCCUCUUGUAUAAUAAGCUUUGAGAAAAACAUUCGCUGUUCCUCAUCCCCUGUUCUCUUUGAUCAGAAAAUGAGGCCCACUGGUCAUGUAGAGUAAUUAGAUUCUGUGCCCAAUUUAUUCUGUAGCAGUGCAUUUAGUAAAAGGAUAAUUUGGCACAUCCAGCUUCAGCCAGGGAGCAGGGGGAAUCGAUUGCCACAGAUGUUUACAAAAGCUUUUACAUAUCAUGCCUUAUCAGAGAUGUAACUAUACUGAUAAAAGUACAAAUUUUAUAUAUACCUAAAACAAAAACGUAAAAAUAUAUCAUUGGUGGUGAAGGAAAUCACUGGUUGAAUUCUUUAUUCCUGUUCAUAGGUGGCCUACUGCUGCUUGUGGUGUUCAUAUAACAUUACAGUUUUAAUCAAUUAGCUGUUUUUUCACUGGGGAGAAUUCUUUUGUACAGGGGAUGAAUGUGUCCCACUAAUAAUCUUUACACUAAUAAUCAUUUAUUCAUAGCCUAUAUUGGGAAAAGAACCCACAAUAUGGUUCUGUAGAUGACAAACAGAUGGCAGCUCACAAUAUGGAACAUACCACCUCAUUUCGUUUGGUUCAAAUAACUUCUCUGAGUUGCAUUAGGGAUUUCCACACUUCGUGCCUCCACCAGUUCUUAAACUACGUCUCUAAAAAUCCUAAUGAGGCUGGUAGCUCAGUAAUAGAUGGAAGGGCAUGGGCUGAAAAUCCUGUUUAUUUGGAUAUGAUACCAAGGCCAAUUUUCCCCUGCCUGAUAGUUACCCCUUAAUCCUCUAUUUGGGAUUUUGUAUUUUCAUGUCUUUCAAAUGCAUGGCCAUUAUAUGGUCUAACUCCUCAGCUCGUGGCAAACUGCAGCUUGCAGAGGAGGCAUGGAAUCGUAGCUGGUGAGGCGCAGGUUGGCUGUACUUCAAAUGCUAAAAAUGUCUGUUGCUAUUAAAUGGUACUAUGUGACAUCUAGAUCUACAGGACCUAUUUAUUAAGGUGUGAAUUAUGGAAAUAUGUACCUAAAAGGGAUCUGAAGACUUUUUACUUGUUUAUAUUGUAUAAUGGCGAAUAACCAUGUUUUUCAGCAAUAAAUAGGUAAAAGUAGGUGUAGGAUUAAAUACUUUGGUAAGGGAUUGGAAAAAUGGUGCUUUUUUACAUUAAUAAUUAUGUCCUGUAGACUUCGCACACUGCCUGCGGUACUUUAUGAUAUACACUGCUAAAGGCUGUAGGAGAGCUUGCUUCAGAUGUAUAAUUGGUAAACCUGAUGAAGGCAUACUUUGUCCAAACAGGCCAGCGACAACUUAGAACAUUCCACUAUGCCUGUAAUGGGUAGCCAGAGGCUCUUACAAUGUAAACUACUACAACUCUCAGCGGUUAAGGGUUGGUGGUGGGUUGCUGGGAGUUGUAUUUCAUCAACAUAUGGAGGGCCACCAAUGACAGGUGUGCUUAUGUUUUUUCAGAAUGUAGUUAAGCCAAUUAAAAUUUAGCUCACUCAGGGACAGAUGCACACAUCAGGGUAGCACCCCAUAACUCACGGUGCAAGAUAGGGAGAGCACAAUAGGGAUUCCCCAGCUCCUGCACUGUCACUGUAACUCAUGGGAGCUGGCUGUGCAUUCUGGGCAAUGGACUUCAGCAACAUCCAGAGAGAACUACAGCUUGGCAGUAGCUGUGUAAGCAAUUUCUAAUGAAUUUACAUGUGCAGAAAACUGUAUAAGAAUAUAAUUUAAAUGUUUGUAAAAUUGUGUAUAUAUGUAAAUAAAUAUUUAAUGGAACUUUUGCAUAUUUGAUAGUAAACAACUAGUUUGCUAAUAAAUUCCUUGACCCUGGGAA